AUGGAGAGCCCUCACGAGCAUCAGCAGACUGUGCUGUUGUCCCGCAUUAUUGGCAAUGUCGAGAAACUCAAUGAAGCUAUUAUGGUCAUGAACAAAGGCCUGCAGGAAGUCAAUAUCCAGAAUAUGAACGUCGAGCUUGUGGCGCAGAUGUUCAAAAACUAUCAGUCUAAUGUUCUCUUCCAUCUUGAAGCGACGGAGAACCUCAAAGAACCCUCUUAA